GUGAAACAUUUUAUUAAUAACCUUUCUUUAUUUUUUUUUUGUGAAACGUAAACGGUUACAGGCAAAAAGAGGAUUAAUGGCGUAUCACGGGAGUUUUUUUUUUUUUUUUAAAUAACUCUUGAACAAAGUUACCGCGGAAGAACUAUCACCGUAGAUCUAUCUAAAGUUGGAUUGCAUAUAGUAAUGAUGCUGCUGUGUAUUCUCAAGUGUAGUUUUUAAAGUUCAGCGCUCUUAUCCUCUCGGACCCCGUGCUGACUUAACCUGACGUCUUGUGCUGGAGCAACACCCUCAGUGUCUCAUUCCAGUGCCUGGAUUUUACUCCAUGAACACCACCUUCUCUGUCUGAUACUCCGACUGGCUCAUAGACUGGUUCCUGCUUACCCGGAGCUGAAGAAACAUGCUUGACUUUUUCACCAAGUUUCCUUGGCUUUGCUCUCCUGGCUGUCGCCUGGAAGUGAAUAUCUGGCACAUGAGCUUAUGUCUACUAUGAUCUUCAAUCAGGACCUCUUUCCUGAGGCUGGUAGUGGAGGUCCAGAAGCAGCGACCCUGGCAGAGCUGCAUCUUCAGGAGAUGUCUAGUCAUUCACCUAGCCCCGGUCUCCUCCUCCGUGAUGCCUUUACCCAGCUUCCCUCAAUCCGUGCCUGCUACCUCACCCAGCUUGCCUACCUGGAGCCUGCUGUGAUCACCUCCCGUGAGCGACACCUUGGUCGUAACCCCUGGCUUUCAUCUCAGCUCCUCCCUGAGCUCUCAGGCCCUUCACUGCCCUCUGAGUGGGCCUUUCUGCCUCUCAUCAGCCUGUACGAGCGAAUAGGAGUGUCUCAGGGUGGUGGACUGCGGGCCGAAUCUCUACCUGCUGGCUCAGUGCAGUCGCUUACGCAUUGCCUGCAGUGGCUUCUUGUGCUGGAGAGCUUUAGGGAGCGAGCGCUGCAGCUGGUGCCACCUGUGGCCAAACUGGCACGUCUGGUCUAUGUCUUCCUCUAGUGAUAUCUUUCUGGAGGGACCAGUGAAGGAGUUGACAUGGGCACUGCUGCGUGGCCUGACUAGACCUGGCCAUUUAGAAGCUCUGGACCCGAGUAUACCGCCUCCAGGCUUAGCCUCCUUCCAUGAUCUUUACUCCGCUCUGCUGGCUCAGUACGAGGCUGUGUCCUUCGGCGACUCACUCUUUGGCUGCUUCAUACUUUUGCCACUUCAGAGGCGAUACAGUGUGUCGAUGAGACUGGCUGUGUUUGGCGAGCAUGUCUCAAUUCUGCGCUCACUUGGGGUCUCACUGGAGCAGGUGAGGACCCACUGCUCACUCAUAUAACUGUCAUGUGAUGAGAUGGAAUGCAGUGAGGUAGUCCUACUGGAUAUACAAGCUCUAUUUCCAUCUACAUGUGUAUAAGUUUAUGAGCAAGGCCUUGUUGGGUGUUUCAAUGAUUAUUAAGUUUAAUAUUUUUUAUAUAUUUUUGGUAAAAUAUAUGAAUCUGAAAUCCGCAAAACCUGAUGAAUGAAGCCCAUCUGCAGAGAGGAACAGCUAUAGAAAGCCUUAAUUAAUAUCUAGGUUUUUUCUGCUACAUAACAUUUGAUCUUGUGUAUAACUUUGUUUCCUAUGCAGAUUUGCCAACAUCUUGGGUUUUGCCACGAAAUUUUAAUUUUUUAAGACAAUCCUAAAACAUGUUUCCACUUUUUCAGAAAUCAGACCAAAUGCAAAUAAAAUUCACAUGACAGAAAAGACAGUUGACUGAAGUUCCAGCUAAUUUAGUUUUUCCAGUGAAUUUGGAAGUUUCUAUUGUGAGGCAGCAGAAAACAAGACAUCGGGACUGUGGUCAGUUUUAUCUUUGGCUGUUUGGCAGUACAUUGGUGGUCCAUUCCGUUUUAUAAAUAAAAUGAGUUAUUUUAUCGCAGCAAGUCUGAUUAGUCAUUAGACAUUUUUACUUUGUUUGGAUAACCUUACACAGAACUUUAGUGUUUGAAGAUAAGGCCUUAUCUUAUUAGAUACCUUUAAACAAACACUUGGGGCAUCACAGAGAACAGAAAUGGGGUUGAUAUUAUAAUUGACUUUGAACAUUUGUGAAAAUGUUGUUGUUGUUUUUUUUUAUACAUUUGUGUUUUCUCUUUUUAGUUACCUUUUAGCAUUUAGUUUUAUCUUUUUAGUUUUAAUUUUUAUUUAAUUUUUGUAGUUCAUUACGAUGGAUAGAAAGGGAUUAAAAUCUUAUAUACCAAAAGUAAAAUUGUCCAAUCAGCAAUAUUUUUUUCUCUAGGUAGAUACAGCCAAGUGUGUUCAAGGACUUUUAAAGUUGUGCAGGGACAUUUAUUUAAGCAUAAUUGUAAAGUGAUAGGGGAAUCAAUUACGUUUAGCUUUUUGAGAGGGAGUUUGUUCGGAAAUAUGUCUCACUCUAGGAUCCUGUUCAUUUAUCUGAAUCAGUAAGCACCUUGUCAGUGUUGUGGUGGAUCUGGAGCUCAUCCUGGGUACAGUGGGAAUAAGACCAGAGACAGGACACACAUUCACACGCUCAUUUGCACAUGCUUUUGGAUAAUACUGUCAAUACAGAAAUAUAUACAUUUUAUUGGAAUUACUGCCAGAACUGUUGUCAGAGCCAUGCUACAUAUUUUAGGCUGAACUGUAAAUCAUAUUUAAUUGUUGUUAAAUCAACGCUUGAAAACUACUGUUAUUUUCAAGGACUAUGGUGAGGUCGUGUCAAGGAUGAAAGGAAAGCAUGGGUUACAGGAUGGAGGAGGUGUUGUGGAUGUUCUGGCACACUCAUUUAAAAGCUUUUGUAUUUCCAUAUUCAAGAUUGUUCUUGUCAUUUAUAGGAAUUAUAUUAACAGCAUCUCUGUGAAUUUCUAGAAACAUACAGGAUGUUGCAUUUUCUAUACGUAUUUUCAAUGUAGAGAUGUAUCUGUUUCAUAAUAUUGAAAAAGGUUUUUAUAUUCUGUGCUUAAUCUGGGAACUCUCCUGUGCCAGGGUCAACCACUUAAUGAUUCAAUAAUGUUAAAAGUGCAACACUGGCAUAUAUCACUGUGUUCCUAUUAACCAACAGAUUUCUGGCAAAGGUUUUUUUUUUCGGGAAGCUGCAGUUGAUGCAGUAAAUAUGUCAUGAGUCGGAGGAUGCUGAGAUAUUUUUUUUUUGUCUGAAUGAGAAGAGUGAAAGGGUCACACUGGAGUUACUGUAGGUAAAAGUUACUGUUGGUGUGUGUGUGUGUGUGUGUGUGUGUGUGUGUGUGUGUGUGUGUGUGUGAGAGAGAGAGAGAGAGAGAGAGAGAGAGAGAGAGAGAGAGUUGGGUCGUUGACAAUACAUGUAGAG